AUGUCGUCAUAAAAAUAAUACAUUUCUAUUCUAUUCUUAGUGCUCUUCUUAGGGACUAUUGAGAGCUAGAUUUCAAAAGAAUUCCAGUUUAUCCAUGAUUAAUUACAAGAUAAAUUAGAGGAUGGUCCACACAUGUCAAUGUUUUAGAAAUGGAUAGAUAAUUUAGUUGAGCUCUAUGAGAUAGUUACUGACAGUGAUGAUUAUAAACGCAAGAGUAGGAUAAGCCAUGAAAAGUCAGGAGCGCUAAGGUCAGGCGAGGGUACUGAGGCAGAGAUUUUUGAAAAGAUUAGGAAGUUGGAAGAGAGGAAAAAGUAUAAAAAGAUGCUUGAUAAUAAAUAAUUUUCGAAUAACCCUUCUGAGAAUUAGAAAAUAUACGAGAUCUACCUUGAGGAAUUCAAAAGAUAAGUAAAAAAUGAUAAUAUUGACCUAGUUCCUGUGCACAUCUUUGAAACACCUAGAACUGAGAAACACUUUGCUGCUAAAAGUGGUCACAGAGUCUUGUAAGAAGCAGAGCUUCAGAGAAACGUCAUCAAGAAGUUAGUUGAGCCCUAUCCAACUCAAUGCUACAAUAGUGGAAAACUUGUAAAUUAAACUUAGAGAUACUACGAAUGCACGAAAUAGGAUGAACCUAAUUCAGAGAAAUUCAGAGUUACUUUAGAGACUUAUAACUUUUUUCAAAAUCAUACUCGUCAUUACUAAUGCACUACUUAUCUUAAAGAAACUCCCGUGUGUGUUUGUCCUAAAGGUUAUUAUGAAUAUCAAUGUGCUUUAUAAACUUAAACUAAAUGCUUUGUCAAGAUCACAUCCCCUGCUUUCUACAAAGGAUGCAAAGGAGAGGAUUCCCCAGCUUACAUGUACUCUAUUCCAGGUUUUGAUCCAUGCUUCCCAUUGAACUUCUCAGAACCGCAAGAAAUCAAGUACUAGCUUAUAUGCUAAGGUCAAGAUGAUACAGGACUAAUAGAUGUAACUAGAGAAAAUGUAGGUUAUGCUUAUAGAGAUGUCGUCAAAGCACCCUAAUAUGAUGCAUUCCAUUAUAUUGCAACUAACCCAGAGACAAAAUUUAGUAUCAUGAAUGCAGAAAGCAUGAAAGUUUAGUUUACGUUCCAAGACUGGAAAUGGCUAUCAUAAACAACCAAAUUCGGUGAUGAUGUGAAUGACCCACUUUUGUUAACUGGAUAGUCUGAAGGAUCACUCAUGAUUGAUUUCAGCAAGCUAGAAUAGAGUGAUGCCACAGGUGAUAGCUACUAUGUAGUUGGAGGAAGAGCCUACUUUGAGGCUGAUGUGCUUGGACUAUAUGUUACAUCUUUUACAUCUAAAGGUUUCUUUGACAAGUUAGGAUAUGUAGAGCCACUAGCAGAUGAUAAUAAAGAUUUAAUUCUAGCCCUAGAAAUAGCUAUACCCCUAGCAGUUGUUAUUAUUGGAGGUAUAAUCGCAUACUGCUGCUGUGUACAGAAGAAAAGAAAGAUGCCAAUACAUGACGAUUGA